UUGAGUCACAGAAAUAGCAACUUAGUCCUGGCUUGAGUGCCCAGCUGCAUCUUCGCAGGAUGGUGCUCGGAAACUUUCGAACGAGCAUUCUGGUCGUGUACAUCGUCGCCAUGGCCGGUUCCGACUUCGUGUUAUGCGAAGCGAGAAAAUCGUUCGGUGCAUCGAGAUCACGAGGUCAAAGAAUCCCCGACGAUUCGGUAAUUCAACCAGUGAAGACGCUGAGAAGAUCAAGUGAAUCGGACAUCGGUGCUCCGUUUAACGCUCCCAAACCAUACGGCACAAUGCCUCAUCUCUCUCUUCCACCUCUUGAUUCAAUAGCACCAACUCCUCCGCCGCAUGAUCGAAUCACCAGUCCUCCAUAUUGUUUACUACCUCCACCACCAAGCGUGCCUGCCGUCAUGCCUAGCCCACCAAAGUAUAACCCCAGCCCAAGCCCACCAAGAAGCUGCUGGCCCAGCCCGCCCAAGCUCGCCCCCGGCCCCCCGCUCUAUUCGCCCCCCGUCGUGCACCCGCUGGUGCCGCCUAAAGGCCAAGUCUAUGCCGUCUGGUGCGUGGCCAAGCCAACGGUGCCGGACUCGAUAGUCCAAGCGGCUAUGGACUACGCGUGCGGGGCGGGUGCCGACUGCAAGCCCGUCCAGCUCAACGGGCCCUGUUACCAGCCGGACAAUCUGCUAUCGCACGCCUCAUUCGCCUUCAACAGUUACUGGCAGAAGAAGAAGGAGGCCGGAGGGACUUGCGACUUUGGCGGGACGGCGAUGCUAGUCACCGUGGAUCCAAGUUUCAAUGGAUGUCACUUUGAUUUCAGCUGAAAUCCUUUCUGUGGAGUGCCUCCUUCCCAAUGUGCAUUUUUGCUCAUGAGUCUUGACACAGAAAGUUUUGUAAUUAGCUACAUAUGGCUUUUGCUUGGAAAGAUGUAAGUCGGUACAUAACAUAUCCGAGACUCUUUUAACGUCGCCACAUAUUAACGUCGAUCGAAAGUAUAUUCUGGGUGCGACGUCAAUCUCCAAAUGUCACCGGUAUAAUACCGAGCCAUCCUUAUGCGUUUCGCGAUGAAUUCACGACCUAAAUCCAUCCUUAUCCGGGGCAUUGUUUGUCCGGUUAGUGAGGAUAACUCGAAUAAGGUGAAGAACUCGG